AUGUCUGACAGACCAAAAAGACAAAGAAGAUCGUAUUCAUGCGGUCCAUGCAAAGGUCUGAAGGUUAAAUGUGACAUGCAGUUACCUUGUGCUACUUGCAUCAAGUUCCAUAGGGCUGACAAGUGUCAUGAACUGCCUCCUCAUCCACCAAGCGAAGAAGAACUAUCCAAGAUCAACCAAAGAAAACUGAUCUACAAGAACCGAAAACGGAAACGGGAAGAAGUGGAUACUUCUCCAAGCCAAGAUCAUAAUUCGUAUCCCAUGCACCAACUACAUUUUCUUCACCGUAUUCCCAUUCAAGAACCAAUGGUUUUGACACCACAAAUGCUGGACCCACUUUCAAUUCCAGUUCCCUAUAAUGCGUAUCAGAUUCAACUUCCCACUCAUCAUGUGGUUCAUCUUGGACCUUCGCAUCAGCAACAUCAGCACCAACUUCGACUUCGACAACACCAACAGCAUCUUCAAGCGCAACAGCUUCAGAUUCAACAGCAUCCCCAAUUACAGCUAGAGCAACAUCUUCAGUUACAACCACAAUUACAUUUUCAACAACCUUCAAAUUUGCAUCAAGAUAUGACUACUACUCCUUAUUCCCAACCUUAUCACACACAGCCAGCUUUGCCGUUAUCUCCUCACUUUGCUAACAAUUUCGCUGUUCAGCUUACAGCAUCUAAUGGCCCUUCACCAACGAAUCCUCCAUGGACCACUAGUUCAAUGCAGACAAGAGUGGACUCAUCAAAGGAUCGUCUACACUUUGACGUUGAUUUACGGGACAUUCUAUUGUAUUUACCAAAGAACAUAAACUACUUUAACUCAUUGAUGGAUAGGUUUACGGGAACGUCCACAGACGGCAGCUCGGACGCUUCCAUUAUUCACAAAACAGCAAGAAAUAUCUAUCUUCAAAUCACUGAUUCCAAGAACCAAAAGUCCACCAUUGAGAACUGGACUUUAGAUGACUUGCGAACACUUUCAAAAUUAUUCUUGGUUCUUAUAAAUGGCUUGAAUAUGUCGCCUGAGAGUUACUACAACUCUGGAUUUCUCAAGGUCAAUCUUCAUUCAAAUGAAGCCACUAUCAACAAAUGGCUUCUGUUUUCAAAAACGUUGAGAGAUAAGGCCAUACAGGCCAGUUUAGAUACCAAUUCUUCAAAAUCACUUGACGAGCUACGAAAGAUCAACAUAAAGAAUGCCAGAUUCGUAUUAGAGUGGUACUUAAUUCUGAAAUCAUUCUUCCACCUCUCAAAUAGAAUUCAUGAUAAUUUUGAAGAGUUUGUAAGAGCUUUCAAUUUUAUUCGCGAGAAUGAAUAUGCUAUGGAAUUUCUUAAUUUGCACAACUUCUAUGAGAAGUAUGUUCUCCAUAGGUUUAAAAUGGAGGAAGACUCAAGAGUUUUAGCAGUUAGUUGGUUCAAAUUGAGGAUGGUGGAGGUUGAAUUCCCAUUCUUGCAAAACAAUGGUUCAAUGUUUCUGUAUCCCAAGAUUUGUGAUACUAUUGUGCCCAAUGAUCAAAUGUCAGACAUUGUAUUCCAAAGACUGCAAUUUGAUCCUACCAUAUGUUCAUUUUACGAGUUCCAGACGGACAUUUGGAGGGUUUAUCAUCGUAAUAAUCUCUCUUCAAAAGAAAGUUAUAGUUUCGAGAUGAUAGAAUUAUAUAUGCUAUGCUUCAGAGCUUUGAAUGAGUUGAUCAAAUGCUUUAGAAAUGCCUCUUGUGUUCAAGAGCAUCUGCUUAAAGCAAGUGAGAAAAACCUUUUGAAGACAUAUGCUGCACAAUGGGUGUUUACACGAGGUACGCUUUUGGUGAAGUUAGGUGAACGUACUUACUUCCCUCUGCUUCGAAUAGCAAGUUACUUAACCACACAAAUGAACAAAUUUAACUUCUUCUUAUACCUUGAGCUGGAACAAAAGGAUCGGAAACAAGAUAGCGGUUUUAUUGAUAAUUACAUGCUAGAUCUGGAUAUUAGAUCUUAUAAUGUCAGUGUUAUGUAUAUUGAGUUGAUGAACGUAUUAAUAUAUUUGGCUACUUUGACCAACUAUUUAGCCUUAAAUAACGGUGGAAAUAAGAAACGGUUCCAACUAUUAUCAUUUUUAAGAACAAUUACUUACGAAAGAGUCGAGAAGGUUUUAGAAUGUGUAAAGCGGUCGAAAGUAGCCACUUUAGGACAUGUUGGAUUUUAUGGACUUUGUUCAAAUAUGAUUGAAGUGAUUCUUAAGUAUAUUCAACAUGUGAAUGAUUUUGGAUCGUUCUCUCAAGAGACAUCAUCAAGAGCCAUUAUGGUUGACGGUGUUUACAAAGAGUCAAAAUCAGAAUCGGCUGCAUAUGAGCUCAUGAAAUAUUUACGGACUAAUUGUCCCAAAAAAGAAGACUGGCAAUGCUAUAUUGUGAGUAUUUUUGGAGCUAGAGAUUCGUUGUCAAAUUACAUUGAACAACUCUGGGAAACAUUUACUUUUAUUACAGAGAAAACCCCUAAUGGAGACAUUGAAAUAGUUGAGGGUCUCACUUUAAACGUGCAACUUGUGGAAAAAAUUCGAAAUAAUUUCUUAGGCCUAGAAUUUGACGAGAAUACCAUAAAACAGUUUGUUAGUUCAAUGAUUCUGGAAAAGAACGUCAUCCAACUGCAUUCUCCAUUUGCUACAGCCCAAAGUAAUACUCUGUCGUCUUUUAGAAUUCCAAAUAAAUGA